AUGGUUCUGCGAAAUGAGGUCUCCUACAAGCUCACAAAGAACACCAACGAUACUCUUGUUGAAUACCACAAGAAGAUUCACUAUGUCGAUGCCAAGGCUAAUACAUACGACUGGACAGACAAGGAGCAGCAGUGUAAGAAGCUUCAAGAAGAAUCUGUCCAGGACAUCAAUGGUGAGGAGGCCAAGGACUACAUGAGUGCUCCUAUGAAGACUUUGGCACCUCCUCCUUCGCGCAAUGCCAUUGGCGUUGUCCCACAACCUACAACUCCGCAUCAUGUUGGUGGUGGCCUUGUUGUUGACUCGUGUACGGUGUUUCCUCCAUACUCCGACGACUCAAGUUCUAUCUUUCCGCCCAUGACCCUUUACAAUUUGUCGUCUUCUCCCAGCUUCAUUCAGCCAUUUGGAGACUGUUUCUGUAACAAGCGCCAAGAAAUGGCCCCCAUCUUCAGCCUGCCCUUCACCAACAUGCCAACUCCCACUGAAUGCGGUGUUGAUGUGGGUAUGGGUAUGGGAUACAUGGUCGCUGACAUGCGAUGA